UGACUUGCUGCGAAACUUUGAGCACUCGAAUUGGUCGCCUUUUGAGUCUUUGACUCACACCUCUUUGCGCUUGUUUGGUCUCCAUCCUCUAUCGAGCCGGCUCUUAUUACAACAUUACAUUUUUGCACCACAACUCCGUUUAGCACCGCGACACCUUUCAGCUGCCACACCUGCAACGCACGCCAUGUCGUCCAAGCAGGGCGGCAAAGGCGGGGCUGCUGCGGGCAAAGCGAAGAAACCCGCCAAGGCCGGCACCGACGAGAAGAGAGAAGACGUGCUCCAAGCCGUCAUCCUGGCCGACUCGUUCCAGGAUAGGUUCAAGCCAUUCACGCUAGAGACACCCCGGUGCCUUCUGCCCCUAGUGAAUGUCCCUGUGAUCGAGUACACCCUCGAGUUCCUCGCCUCCAACGGCGUGCAAGAGGUCUUCAUAUACUGCGGCGCCCACUCCGAGAGCAUAGAGCAAUACAUCCGCGAGUCCUUGCGCUGGAGCCCGGGCAGCAUCCUCUCGCCCUUCUCCUCCCUUGAGUUCAUCCGCGUCUCGGAUGCGCACUCGAUCGGCGACUUCCUCCGAGACCUGGACAAGCGGGCCAUAAUCGCGGGAGACUUCAUACUGGUCCACGGCGACCUGGUUGCGAACAUCCAGCUGGACGCCGCUUUGGCGAAGCACCGCGCGAGAAGGGAAGCGAACCGGGAUGCCUGCAUGACCAUGGUUCUGCGCUCCGUCGGAGAGCAACCCCACCGGGCAGCAAGGGCCAGAGGCAUUACGCCUGUAUUUGUUGUCGAUCCGACAACGGGGCGGUGCCUGCAGUACGAAGAGACCCAUCCGCUGCAGAGUGAGCACCACCUAGUUCUGGACCCCGCAGUGUUCUCUCACGGCGAGUUCGAGAUACGGAGCGACCUCAUCGACUGCGGCAUCGACAUCUGCACCCCCGAUAUCCUUGCUCUGUGGUCGGAAAGCUUCGACUACGAGCUUCCCAGGAAAAACUUCCUCCAUGGUGUGCUGAAGGACUGGGAGCUGAACGGAAAGAUGCUCUUUACCGAGAUCCUCGACGACGGGUAUGCGGCGCGCGCCAGCAAUCUCCAGAUGUACGACUGCAUCAGCAAGGACGUGCUCGAGCGGUGGACCCUCCCGUUCGUGCCGGACAGCAACCUGGUCCACGGCCAGACAUACAGGAGAAUAAAAGGGGGUUCGUACGCUGAGGACCAUGUUGUAAUCGAGAGGGGGGCGAAGGUGACGCAAUCCGCCCUCGGGAGGGGAACGACAGUCCAGACCGGCAGCGUCGUUUCCCGGAGCGUCAUCGGGAAGCGGUGCAAGAUCGGCAAGAACGUCCGGAUCGAAAACAGCUAUAUCUGGGAUGAUGCCGUGGUGGGCGAUGGCACCUCGAUCUUCCACUCGAUCGUGGCUGGCUCAGUCGUGGUGGGAGCCAAUUGCCGUAUCCCCGAGGGCUCUCUCAUUUCCUUCAACGUACAUCUCGAUAACGGGAUCCAGCUGCCGUCAAAACCGCCAGCACGGAUAUCCCUACUGUCAGACGAACAACAACGCGCCGAGACUGACGUUUCCCUGGUGGGCAAGGGCGGCAAGGGCGCGCUGUACCAAGUCGUCACCGAAGAAGAGGAGUCAGACGACGAGGACGGCGUGAAGAGGGAUCCGGCGAUCCUCCAGAGCUCACUCAUCUACUCACUUGAGGGACUCAACCUCUCCACCUCGUCCAUCUCGACACUAGCCUCCGAGGACGGAUACGGCUCGGACGACGAGAUCUCCACGGCCGCUUCACUUCAGGGGAGUGACUUCGGCCAGACGCGGGACCGGCUCUCGUCCUUCGCCUCCGACGACGCGUCCAAGCCCGACAGCUUCCACGCGGACGCGGUCAGCGGGCUGGUCGACGCGCUGCGCGCCGACGACGACGACUUCGACUCGGCCAAGCUCGAGUUCAUGGGCCUGCGGCUCGCCAACAACGCCUCGGACAGCGCCAUGCGCCGCGCCAUCGCCGUCGCCUUCGUCCGCCGCGCCGCCGAGCUGCUCACCCCGCCGCACGGCGCGCUCGAGCCCACCAGGGCCGCCGAGCGGGCGCUCGCCGCCAAGGCCGGCGCCGUCAAGUUCAUCCGCGAGGUCGGCGUCGGCGGCGACUCCGUCGCCCAGCAGGCCGACUUCGCCCUGGCCGUGCAGAAGGCGCUCCUGGCCGUCAAGGACCUCGAGCCGGCGCGCGCCGGCACGCUGCUCGCCGCCCUGCUGCAGCAGCUGUACAGUCUGGAUGUGCUCGAGGAGGACGGCAUUCUGGCCUGGUGGGCGGACGAGCGGGCGGCCGAGGGCGAGGGAAUGAACAAGUUGAGGGAGAAGUGCAGGGUGCUGGUCGAGUGGCUGGAGAAUGCUGACGAGGAGGAGAGCAGUGAGGAGGAGGAGGAAGAGGACGACGACGACGAAGAUGAGGAGGAUGACGAUUGAGGACUAGAGCGAUUGAGGCUUGCAAUGCUCUCCCUGCCUGUCACUUCCUUGAUCAACCACUGGGAGACAAAGGGGUUGGUCGCGCAUGGUUAUUUGGAAAACCGCUAGCGGUCCUGGCUCCAGCUAGGGGCGUAUCCACUAUCCUCCGGCUGGCGAUAAGCACAUAGAAAGAGAGUAUUUAAAAAAGAAAAGGGAAGGUGUGGGAAUUCGGGGACACUUGUCGUCCGCUUACUACUUGGCCUGCAUGUUCUUGGGACCUCACACAUCUGAACAAAAACUAGCAUCGUAACCGACGCAACAGACUGCUCGGUGGGUGUCUCG